AUGGGCAAUGUCCGUAGAGACCCCAGUCUGCUUUCCCUCAAGACUUCAGUCUCAGUCAAAGCUGCCAGCACCUCAAGCAGUGCUUCCAGCAACUAUCCCGCUUGGCACCCGCCUCAGAGUGGAGAAGUCCGCUCUCCGUGUCCUGGUCUGAACACCUUGGCAAACCACGACAUCUGCCCCCGAAGCGGCAAAGGAUACACCAUUCCAAUCUUGACCGAAUGCUUGAAGAAAGGAUUCAAUGUUGGCGCCGACUUCACCCUUCUCAUCGGCACAGCAGGAAUUGGCUCCAACCCUGACCCUUUGACGUCAGGUCUGUACUUCGACCUGGACAUGUUGGACCGACACGACUUCUUGAUCGAGCACGACGCUUCUUUGUCCCGUGCUGACGCCUCCACGGGUAACAACUACAGCUUCAACCAAACCAUCUUCGACACCGUACUCGCUUACUACAACGGUAUGAAUGAUACUUCCAUCCCUGUCGCUUCCAAAGCUAGAUUCAACCGCGUCCAAACGGAAGCCUCCAGAGAUCCCGACUUCAGCUACAGUCCAGUCCAAUUCAUUCUCAGCUAUGGUGAGACAGCUCUGUACCUGUCGACUAUGGGUGACCCAACUACUGGAGUCGCACCACUGGAGUACGUGCGUAGCUUGUUCGAAGAAGAGAGACUUCCUUACGAACUUGGCUGGCAACCACCGCAGGAAACAACCUCUUUGGCUAGUUUGGCUGCCAUGGUUGUUGAGCUGAAUGCUGCAAGUGGAGAACAGGUCCCAGAGGGAAUUAUUCUAGGAGAGAACAGUUUGAGAGCGGUAUUCAUCGGGCUGAAUGCCGCGACGGGAGAGAUCGAGAACGACACACUCCACACCCUUGCAAACCUCACAGGUGCCCUUACCGGCGUCGCCUCGACCCUGACCUCAGUUGUGAAGGGCGUGACCGGUCUGCUAGCGUAA